UGUAAGAUGGUUGUCGUUUAUUCCUUCUUCGUUGCCUUUGUUUGACAGCGGUGGUUUAUUGAUGGAAAUCUAAGGGUUAUCUUUUUGAUCUGCCAAGAUAAACUUCAUGCCUUUUAAUGUGUUCUAAUUGUCAACGAAUACGCUAUUUUAAAAUUUAUCAUGGCGAUAUCGAGGGUUGUAUAAAGUGAGGUGUAACUUUUAUCCACUUCUCUCUUGUUAUUCAAAUACAAUUUAUAAUGGGAGAAUUGGAGACGGAAGACAACGAGUUGGAACAAUUUUGUUGGGUAUUAUUACGCAUCAUUGUUUUAGUUCCAACCUUUUAUUUAGUUAUUUAUUAUAUUGUGCUAAUAGUAUUAGUUUGCAAGUUAUUAAAGUUAGUACUUCCUCGCUAAUUAUGGAAAAUGAUAGUGAAGAGAAACCAUUUAAUGUUUCUACAUGUGCGAUUUGGAUUAAAAAAGAACCAGCAGAAAAUUGCAGUGAAGAAUAUGAUUAUGGAAACAGUAAGCUUUGGAAUUUUCUAUUGGAGUAAUUAAUUUAUGGUAGCCAACGUUCUAGAUAGUGCUUUGGAAGCUGCCCAGAAUGUUUCAGUUAAGGAAGAGACUCAAAUAUCAAAUCAAUUAUUUGAAUUAUCACAAGAAAACUUGUUAAAAAAUGACCCUGAACAGAUAAUUGUUGACGUAGAACCUCCUUUCAAUGAAGCUCUUAGGUCUCACAUAUUGUACAACCAUGUUCAAGAGAAACCUCACAAAUGCCCUUACUGUGACUACACUGCAACUUUCACAUAUACAGUCAAGGUUCAUAUACUGAACAAGUAUACUGAAGAUAAACCACAUCAGUGCCCACAAUGUGAUUAUACCGCCGCCCAAUUAGGGAAUAUUAAAAUGCAUAUCAUAUACAAACAUACCUAUCAGAAACCUCAUAAGUGUCCUUACUGUGAUCAUAGGACUACUGAAUCUGGUAACAUGAAGACCCAUAUCAGAUACAAGCAUACGAAGGAAAAGCCACAUCAGUGUCCGCGAUUACAAAGCGACAGAAAUGGGUACAUUGAACUGUCAUAUUAUGAGUAA